UAUUUUUUUUUUGUUAUUUUUUUUUUUUUUGAUUUUGUGACGUAAAACCCACAAAUCCAAAAACUCAAGACAACAACAACAAAAAGAAAAAAAAAAGGGGGGAAAAAACCAUGGCCUUUUUGCACCGAAGCAACGCUGUGAAGGCCGUUCGUGCGGCCGUCGACAAGAGCAAGAAGCGCCUGGAGGACUUUUCCACGCUGGUGCGCGACGCAGAGGGCGAGCGCCGGGUUGGCGAGAUUGCUCGAGCGUGCCAGGAGAAGGGCAUCAAGUUUGUCGACUCUGAGUGGCCGGCCAACACGAAGGCGCUGUUUGUCGACCCCGCGCAUCCGUCGGCACAGAUGGAGAGCGUCCAGAAGGAGCUUGGCGGCAUCCAGUGGAUGCGCCCAGACCAGAUGGGUGAUCCGCACGAGCCGCCGCAGGUGUUUGCGGAAGGCAUCGACCCGGAGGACAUCCACCAGGGCUCGAUUGGCGACUGCUACUUUUUGGCCGCGCUGGCCAUCUGCGCCACGCGCGAGGAGCUGAUUCUCGACUUGAUUGUGGAGGACUUUGCAGAGACUGGCAUUUACGGCGUCAAGAUGUGCGUGAUGGGCGAGUGGCGCACCAUCAUUGUGGACGACUUGCUGCCCUGCCGCAAGGAGGGCGACCGCUGGAUGCCCAUCUUUGCUCGCUGGAAGGGCACCAAGGAAACCUGGGCCAUGAUUGCCGAAAAGGCCUGGGCCAAGCUGCACGGCUCGUACGAGGCCAUUGGUGGCGGCCGCACCGAGGAUGCCCUCUCCUACCUCUCUGGCGGCUACGCGACCUGCUCGUCGCUCGAGGACAAGGACAACGGCGGCAACCUCUACAGCCGUCUCUACAACAACCACCACCUCAACGGCAAGGACAUGGGUGUCUUCAUCUCGACCUCGGGCGUCGACGAGAACGUGUCCAAGAAGGGUGGCCUCGACGACCCCACGAAAAUGUCUGGCCAAGACAAGUCGAGCGGCGGCCUGGUUUCCGGCCACGCGUACUCGCUGUUGGACGUUGCAGAGGUUGACGGCCACCAGCUCGUGCGCUUGCGCAAUCCAUGGGGCUCGUACGAAUGGGACGGCGACUGGGGUGACAAGUCGCCCCUCUGGACUCCCUCCCGCAAGAAGCAGGUCGGCUUUGUCGACGCGGACGACGGCUCGUUCUGGAUGUCGGUGGAGGACUACCGCAAGAACUUUGGCCUGGUCGGUAUCUGCAAGACCCUGCCGAGCAAGUUCCACCAGGCGCGCCAGGCUGCGAGCUGGGUUGCCGGCGUGAACGCCGCUGGUCCCUCUGACGCGCUUGUCGGCUUCAAUCCGACCUUCCGACUCAAGCCGACCAGCUCCAAGGUGUGGAUUCAGCUCGAGCAGCCCGACGCCCGCGGCCACCCGCUCAAGAGCUUUACGCACACGCUCGCGUACGUUCUCAAGGAGUCUGACGUCAAGUCCAACUCGGACGGCUACCGCGUGGUGGUGCCCGCCCAGUCGGUCUGCCCCGCCAUCACGCUCCUCGAGGAGCGUCAAAAGACUGCCGAGGUGGAGCUCAACCCCGCAGACGGCCCCUUCCUGGUUGUCAUUACCACCUGGCGCGCCGGUCUGGAGGCGAGCUUCCAAUUGUCGGUCGCCAGCGAGGGCGCCUUCACGCUGUCCCGCUUGCCCGACGUUCGUGCCACCCCGUCUCAGGUCAAGGCCAUGUCCAAGGUGCCGCUGCCCAAGGAGUGCAUCACUUGCACCAAGGCGGUCGAUAUGCACCACCAUGUCGCCCUGAAGGGCGUGCGUUGGCACCAGACCGCCGCCUGCAACAAGUGCGCUGGUUGCGCAAAGAGCUUUACCUUCUCGGGUGCCAGUCCCGCAGGUGGCGCCAGUGGCCUCAAGUCGCACGACGUGGCUUACGACGGCAAGUGGGGCGCAUACUGCUUUGACUGCUGGAACAGGAGCUUUGGCGAGCAGUGCAUUCAGUGCAAGAAGCCGCUGCAGCACCAUGCAAACGACAACGACCCCUGCGUCGCCGUCCCCGGCGAGGGCAAAAUGCACCAAGAGUGCGUGACCUCGUGGCAGGCGUCCUCGGCGGAAAAGUGCGCCCAAUGCGAGCAGCCUGUGAUUCAGUCUGGCAAGUUCUCUGGCCAGUUUUACACGACCGACAUGGGCUCGGCUGGCGGCAAGCUGCCGAACGGCGAAAAGCCGCGUCAGGUGCAUCUCGAGUGCUGGGAAGCCUUCGAGGCCGCCCGUGCCGCAAAGUGCCUGCACUGCCACAGCCCGAUUUGCGAGCUUCCUGGCAAGUUCUCGGGCAGCUACUACCCCGUUGACGGGCCCGUGAAGGGCUCGGUCCAUGCCGAAUGCUACCCUGCCUUCCAGAUGUCCAGCGCGCCCAAAUGCGUCCAAUGCCAGCAACCCUGUGCCGAGAUCCCCGGCAAGUUCUCUGGCCGCCUGUACCAAGUGGCUGGCGGUCGGCUGCACGAAGAGUGCCAGACGGACUACCAGCACUCGCAAGCGAAAAAGUGCACGCACUGCUCACAGCCCGUGCUUGCCAUCGCGGGUCGGUUCUCGGGCAACUACUUCCAGACGAAGGAAGGCGACAAUGUGCACGUCGAAUGCAAGGAGGGCUACAUGAGUGCACGCGCCAAAAAGUGCGCGCACUGCCACCAGCCAAUUGUGAAGAACGACAAAUUUGGUGGCUCGUACUACCCCUUGGAGAGCGGCUCGCACGUCCACGAGGAAUGCUACGACAUUUAUCUCAAGAGCGGAGGCAAGAAAUAAAUGGGCCGAGUUUUUGUUGUUUUCUUUUCCACCGUUUUUGGUUGGAAGUGUCAACUUGUCGACUUUGGGUCUUGUGCUGUGUUCUUUUUUGUUCUUUGCGUGUGAUUGUGCCCGUUUCGCCAUUUUCUUUCGGUGUUGUGUUGUUGUCUUUCACAGUGUUUCCGUUACUUGUGUUGUUUCAAUUACUACCUACCCCGUCCAAAAUACAUCAUGCUUUGUCGUUCGC